AUGGUGUUGGCUUCAUUGAGAGUACAUAGGAAGACGACAGACAACCAGUUGGACGGGCAACAAAGAAAGAAGUAAAACAGAUGAGGGUGAUGAUAAUGAAGAAUCCCAUUAUUCUGGCGAUCUGCAUCUUCAUUUUCUCAUCCGUGGCUGUGCAUGGACCUGAAAGCAUCCUUGUUCCAAAUUUGUGCUGUUAUAAAUUCUCCAGUCGCCUGCCAAAGAACAAGGUGGUGGACUUUCAAUACACAGACAAGCUGUGUCCAUUGGAAGGAGUGCUCUUCAGGAUGAAGAGGGGUGUUGUACUCUGCGCUGACCCAUCUAUGCCGUGGGUCAAGGCCAUCAUCGAUGCUAAGGAAAAGGAACUGGCAGGGAAACUGGCAGUGACCAAGGGAAUUGACCAAGCCAAAGAAAUAGCUCCGACUAAGGAAGUUAACCAAGCCGAAGAAAUGGCUCCCACCAAGGAAGUUGACCAAGCUGAAGGACUGACUCCGACCAAGGAAGUUGACCAAGCUGAAGGACUGACUCCGACCAAGGAAGUUGACCAAGCUGAAGGACUGACUCCGACCAAGGAAGUUGACCAAGCCAAAGGACUGACUCCAGCCAAAGAAAUCAACCAGGAAAUCUAUGUCCAAUACUGCUUUCGAAGUAUCUGAAGCCACGUAACUGUUGGGCCAUGGAAAUCCAGAAAUUAAGUAACUAAUUGUGUAGGAUUUUAGUGAAGUGUUCUGAUCUGUUUUCAUUGGUAACCGAAGGAGCUCUGUCUUUGUAGGAGCAAUUUUAAAAUAUUUUGGAGCCCUAGGCAUUGAUGCAGAGGGGUUUUCAGAACUUGCUGACCAGGAAGCCCCAAGACCUUUAU